GGAGGCCCUGCCAGGUGCCCACUGCCCACACACCACGCUGGGCAUGUGUGUGCUGCCUUCUCCCAGACACAGGAGAGGAGUCCCAGGGGCACUUCAGGAGAGGGGGCAGUCGGGGUCCCCGAGUCACAGCCUGAGUUCAUGCCUCAGCCCUGCUGCCCACGCGCCACAUGAUGCUGGGCAGCUAGACAGCCUCUCUGAGCCUCCUGCUCCCGACCGCAAAGCAGGGCACCCAAGGGGGACCCUGGUUGGGAGAAGAUAGUUGGUCAACAGCAAGUCCAUAGCUCAGCCAUCACGAGGUCGAGUCCCAGCUUCUCAGCUCCUGGGCUCAGUUUCCCCGCCUGUAAAAUGGAAGUCAUCGUGGCACCUGAUGGCGAGGGCGAUCAUGAGGUGCUACGAGAUGCCGCUGGUCGUGUGACUGAGGCCUGGCACACACCGGGUGCUCACAGACACCGGUCACCAGCGGACGCGAAUGCCCGAGUGCCCGGCUGCAGCUGACGGCCACAGCAGCACACUCCCAUGGGCGACGCUCAGGCGUUUGUCAGCCAGCACGUCAGCUGGGCCUGGCAUGCCGGGGCAGGCCCCUGCCCCAGGCAGUUGGGCUGCACGGCCCAGGUGCGGCCUGUGUGUGGCUCCAGGGCUUGAGAAGGAGGGCUAUGCAGCAAUUGUGUCACUCCUGCCCCCUGAUGUCGUCGCCCUCUUUGCUGUUACCCAUGAGCCCUGGAUUCACUCUGGUGCCCGGGGCACCCGGGUGGGGCCUUCAGGGCUGUGUGUCGCUCUGAUGCAACAGCAGCAGCGCCCUGCGGCAAAGAGAGGGGCUGGCAAGAGAGCCUCGUCCUAGGCCAACCCCCACACAGGCCCCAGGGGUGGGGGGGAGCCACAGGGGUGCUAGUGUGUGCCCCCAAACUUCGGCCCAGGACACGUGUGUGGUCUAACUUAGUAACACACCUGUUGUGGGAAUGAAGGCACUUGUGGCCGGGGGCUAUUUUCGGCAUCUCUUUAGCAAGUUGCUGAGACUGCCCGGCAGCCCAAGGGAGGGAGCACUGGCCAGCGCGGGCAAGCAGGCCGCAGGAGGACCGAGGCGCCGGGGCACGCUGUGAUGAAUGGCAGCAGUCACUCUCCGACGGCCGUCCACGGCACCCCCUGCACGCCCAACGGCUUCAGCAAUGGCCCGGCCACCUCAUCCACAGCCUCGCUGUCCACGCAGCUCCUGCCCCCAGCCUGUGGGGCGCGGCAGCUAAGCAAGCUCAAGCGCUUCCUCACCACCCUGCAGCAGUUCGGCAGCGACAUCUCCCCGGAGAUCGGGGAGCGCGUGCGCACGCUGGUGCUGGGGCUUGUGAACUCCACGCUGACCAUCGAGGAGUUCCACUCCAAGCUGCAAGAGGCCACCAACUUCCCUUUACGGCCAUUCGUCAUCCCCUUCCUGAAGGCCAACCUGCCCUUGCUGCAGAGGGAGCUCCUGCACUGCGCCCGCCUGGCCAAGCAGACCCCUGCCCAGUACCUUGCCCAGCACGAGCAGCUCCUGCUGGAUGCCAACGCCUCCUCCCCCGUCGACUCCUCGGAGCUCCUGCUGGAGGCCAGUGAGCGUGGCAGGAGGAGGAGGGCCCCUGACAGGACCAAAGAGAAUGGGUCAGACCAGGACCCGCUGCACCCCGACCACCUCAGCAAGAGGCCAUGCGCCCUGAGCCCUGCCCCGCACUACAGCCCCAGCAACGGGCUGCACCCCCGCACGCCGCCGCACUACCGCCUCGAGGACAUGGCCGCGGCCCACCACCUCCGGGACCCCUGCCACCAGGCUGACCCGCAGGAGCCACGGGAGCACCGUCGGCAGCUCGUGGUGCCCGGGUCCCGGCAGGAGGAGGUCAUUGACCACAGGCUCACGGAGCGCGAGUGGGCAGAGGAGUGGAAGCACCUCAACAAUCUCCUCAACUGCAUUAUGGACGUGGCAGAGAAGACGCGGCGGUCGCUCACUGUGCUCCGCCGGUGCCAGGAGGCCGACCGCCAGGAGCUCAACCGCUGGGUCCGGCGCUACAGCGAUGCCGAGGACAAGAAGGGCCCUGCACCAGCCCCCGCCCGGCCCCUCAACAGCUCCACUGGGGCAGAGGGGGCUCAGCUAGACGUCCACCGGGAGUUCAUGCCCAGGACCCUCUCCGGCUACAUGCCCGAGGAGAUCUGGAGGAAGGCUGAGGAGGCCGUGAACGAGGUGAAGCGGCAGGCCAUGUCAGAGCUGCAGAAGGCCGUGUCGGACGCGGAGAGAAAGGCCCACGAACUCAUCAGCACAGAGCGCGCCAGGAUGGAGCGGGCCCUGGCCGAGGCCAGGCGGCAGGCCUCAGAGGACGCCCUGACGGUCAUCAACCAGCAGGAGGACUCCAGUGAGAGCUGCUGGAACUGCGGGCGAAAGGCAAGCGAGACGUGCAGUGGCUGCAACGCGGCACGCUACUGUGGCUCCUUCUGCCAGCACAAGGACUGGGAGAGGCACCACCACGUGUGCGGCCAGGGCCUGCAGGGCCCCACGGCCCUGGCAGCUGACUCAGUGCCCGGACAGCCCGACGCCACCAGCAGCCUGGGCCCCUGCCUGCCCGGGGGUGCCGCCAGCCCCAGCGAGGCCAGCAACACAGGGUCUUCCCGGCCUGGCUCCCCGGGCCCCCCUGGCCCUCUGGACGCUGCACCCCACUGACCCUUCCAGACCCCAAAACCUGGCCUACAGAUGCCACGCCCACCCCGGGACCGACCGAUGGAGCCGCUACUACUGCUUGUCUCCAAAAGAACCCAGAACCAGCAAAAAUGGCAUUCAAUGCACCUUCCUCAGCUACCUGCCGGCCUCACGGGAUGACCUCCGACCCCCGACCUCCGGGAGCACCCUCAGGACCUCCCACCAAGCUUUAGACAGCAGACCAAGGUGGCUGUUCCAUCCACCGCUGCACCUCUCUCUCUCUCUCAUUUUUCUAUGACUUUUACACACUUUCUUUUGGGAAAAAAUGGGAAAAAUAAUCUAGUUGUUCAGUGGCUUAUAUUUUCAGUGAAGAAUUUUGGGAGCUUUUGUGGCAAAAGAAGGACUCAGACGUGGACAAAGAAAACUGGGUUUUUUUUCCCUCCCCAAUUAAAAAGGGAAAAGGAGAACCGUUAUUUUAUAGCCGGAGAUCUGAGCCACCAUGUCACUGAAACCACCACAAAGGUCGUGUGGCUGAUUCGGUGAAGACGGUAAGAAAGAUUUCAAUUUCCAACUCAAGAAGCAUUUUGGUUUCAGAUUAUUUGUCCUGUAAUGUCAAACUCUUUGGCUUUAAGUAAAAAAAUCCAAAAAAAAGUUUAUUUAAGAAAAAGCAAAGGACGCCUACCUGUAAACUACCUUGCCAGCUAGCCAGCCAAGGACGCCGGACAUGCCUCUGGUCCAAAGGAAUCCAAAAAGCAGACCCCAGAUGUCGAAAUCCAAAAUGUUUUCUCGCUGCCAAAGUCAUUUCUGCUCCCCCCUCUGCUCGGGUUUGCCCGGAUGUCUGUCUUCUCUCUCACUUUGGUCCACUUCCUGGCGUUCAGGAGUUUGCGGACCAGAAGCAGCCUUUGGCCUUUGUUUCCCUCCUCCAGACGGCCGCGCCUGCUCGGGAACAGGGAGACCCCCGUCUGUGCUCACGCCCUCUGUGAGCCUUCACCACACUUCCUCUUUCCCACUCGUGAAAAAGUGCUGACAUGUCCCUCCUGAGCACAAUCCGAACGGAACGAACUGCGACAAUCUUCUGGGCUGAUUUCUGACUGCUUUGCAAACAGGAGAAGACACAGCUGCGCCCGUAGCUAACUCCGCCUCUCCGAGCCCCUCCUCUACCUCUGUGCCCGUGGCUCACCUGCCCGCUCACCCGCCCGCCCCAGCGUCCUUUCUUCACACUUUUGCAGAAAAAGGAGAAAACCACACACAAGAGCGGGCCACCCUGGCCGCACUUUGAGACCUGGUCAACUGUACAUACCCCGCGUUUCCAGUCAGCCGCUCCUCAGGGGGUUCUCUCAGACCCCCCACGCCCCCACCCCACUCCUCUAGCGAUCUCCAGGAGGAAUAAAAUAUCAGGACCGUGUGGCGGUACUCGGCGGGAGAGCCGACAGCGUUCAUGGUUCCCGACCUGGCGUUUCUUGUCGAGAAGUCCCCAGGCCUGCAGUGCAAUACAGGAGCGGCCAGCCACUGAAACGGGCUCCCGGGGGCUCUGCCGAGAGGCGGGGAGUCAGUAGUAAACGUUAAUGUGAAUGUAUAUAGUCCUUGCAGAGGUCCAAAUAAUGAUGUUCAUGAUGACAAUAAAGAAGAGAUGCUCGCCAAAUAAAAAAAAAUUUAAAAGAAA